ACCCACUGAGCUAUAUAGCUCAACGGCUCAACCCGAAACUUUGAACUUUGCUAGUGUGCUGUAUGGCUGAAAUGAAAAUCUAAAGUAUGUUUUUGAAAGCUGCUGGGGUUCGUCAAAGUCUGAGAUUAGUUGCUGAAGGUGCAAAAAAACUGAGAACUGUUGAGAUAUCAAGGAUGUUCAGCACACAAGAGUAUAAAUUUGAAACCCUUGAUGUAACAAAACCAAGAGACCAUGUUUAUCAAGUUAAUAUCAACAGGCCUGAGAAGAGAAAUGCAAUGAAUCAAGCUUUUUGGAGUGAGAUGAUCAUAUGUUUUAAUAAGAUUUCUAAGGAUAAUGAAUGCAGAGCUGUUGUGUUAUCUGGUGCUGGGAAAAUUUUCACUGCAGGAUUAGAUUUAAUGGAUUUUGCCUCACUGUUUAUGUCACAAGAUGGUCAAGAUGUUUCCCGAAAAGCUUACAACUUGAGAAAUUCAAUAUUGAAAUUUCAAGAAUCAUUUUCAGUGAUAGAGAAAUGUCCUCAGCCAGUAAUUGCUGCUAUUCACUCAGCAUGUGUUGGAGGGGGCGUGGAUAUGGUCUGUGCAUGUGAUAUACGCUGGUGUACAUCUGAUGCCUGGUUUCAAGUGAAGGAAGUUGAGCUUGGACUAGCUGCUGAUGUUGGCACACUACAGCGAUUGCCCAAGAUUGUUGGAAAUGAAAGUCUGGUCAGAGAGUUGUGUUAUACAUGCCGGAAGUUUAUGGCUGAAGAAGCAAAAAGCUUUGGUCUGGUGAGCCGUAUAUUUCAAGAUAAGGAAAGUUUGAUAGAAGGGGCCCUAGAUUUAGCAAGUCAUAUUGCAAAAAUGAGUCCAAUUGCUGUGUCUGGAACUAAACACAAUUUGAACUACUCAAGAGAUCACCCUGUUGAUGAAAGUUUGAAAUAUAUAGCAAGCUGGAACAUGAGCAUGUUACAGACAGAAGACAUCAUAAAAGCUGUUCAGGCAGGGAUGAAUAAGGAAGAGGCAACCUUUUCAAAACUCUGAAUUUAAAUUAAAACAUUGUAAUUUUUAUACAAUUGCAAAAUUCUAUAUACAUGUAUGUAUAUGUCAUUAA